AGAGGGGGAAAGGGAGCGUGUUUUACACACACACACACACACAGAGAGAGAUAGAGAGAGAGUGAGAUACCACAGCAGGCAGCAGCUUGACGGAGCACUGAGGACCUUUUCCUCUGAAGCCCCCUUGUGAAACGCUCCAGCUGAGAAGAAACUGCAUGUCAGCUGUUUGCUGGAGACCACUGCAAUCCGUCCUGGGUGCCUUGGAGAAGAAGAUCUAGGCGGCGUUGCCUCCCCCUGUGAUUGGCUGUCAGACUUCAGGCUCCCCCCUCCUUGCUCUGUCUCCCCUCUGCAACUCCCCCCCUUCUCCACACUGUCCUCAAGCUUACCUGAGACGGACAGCACAACUGCAGACACACUGGACCACUUCUCCCCCUCCUCCCCCUCCAGCUCCCACACACACACACACAAACUCUCUCCCCCUCUCUCUCUCUCUCUCUCUCUCUCUCUCUCUCUCUCUCACGCACGCACACACACUCUGCUUUUCACCUGGAGAGGGCAGACGCAAGGGACGGCAUGGGCAGCAGCAGCAGCAGCAGCAGCCUCUCCUCACAUCUAGUGGUGCCUCUCUGACUUGCCUCUUUCUGGGGAGAAGAGAGGAGCGCUGAAAAGAGCAUUUGGAGCCAUUGUCCCUCGGUGAAAGCAGGAGAGACGGGGGGGAGCGAGGGAGCACUUUUCAACCCGGGGACGGCGAAGGGAACACGCAACAUGAUUUUGGGAGGUAUAAACCGGGCCGGGGCAGCGGUGCCAACGUUCCUGCGUACCCCAACGGUGAUCCAGCCCCACCUGGACAUGAAACCCUUCCUGCAGUUCCCCAUGGAGACGCCCCCACCUCCGCACAGCAUGAGCCUCUUCCACAACUUCAACACGAUGGAUCCGGUGCAGAAGGCGGUGAUCAACCACACCUUCGGCGUUCCUCUGGUCAAGACCAAGCGGCCAGUCAUCUCCUGUAACGUCUGCCAGAUCCGCUUCAACUCUGAGAGCCAGGCGGAGGCCCAUUACAAAGGCAACCGCCACGCCAGGAGAGUCAAAGGCAUCGAGACCUCGAAGAGUCGUCCUCAGGAGGGGGACAAGCCUCAAACUGUCCCUCCUACCUCCUCCCCUUCUCCACCCGGGGCACCCAGCACUGCGCCUGACAGCGACCCCAGCAAACCAGAUGAAACACGGCCCCUGUCACAGCUAAACGGGCCCCUUCUGGCCCCUGGGCCCCUUCCUCCCCUCACCACCCCGCCUACUCCACCCAUGGACUCCCCUGCGCCCCCGGUGUGCCCCCUCCUGCCCACCCCUACUCCUCCCCUGCUCCCCCCUUCCUCCUCCCCAGGCUGCGGUGGUGGCAGCGCCAACCCAGAGCAGCCCGGAUCCGGACCCCCAGUUUCAGGAGCCCCAGGCGCCUCGGCCUCCAGCAGCCCCUCCAACCCGGAGACGGAGGAGGACAAGGCCAAGAAGCUGCUGUACUGCUCACUGUGCAAGGUGGCAGUCAACUCUCUGUCACAGCUGGAGGCUCACAACAAAGGAACCAAACACAAAACUAUUCUGGAGGCACGGAGCGGGCUGGGGCCCAUCAAGGCAUAUCCUCGCCUGGGCCCCAAGCCCAGUGGCGAGCAGGGAGGGGGGCCAGUGGACCCCAACACUCAGGAACGAACCUUCCACUGUGAGAUCUGCAACGUGCGGGUCAACUCUGAACUGCAGCUCAAACAGCACAUAUCAAGUCGAAGGCACCGGGACGGUGUGGCGGGCAAGCCUAACCCCCUCCUCAGCCGACACAAGAAGCACAGGGGAGCUGACCUCACGUCUUCUUUGACCUUCUCCAAGGAUCUCACCAAAGCUUUGGGUGCAGGGCUCUUGCCCAGCCCCUUGGCUGUUGCUGCAGCAAUGGCCGCUGCAGCUUCCUCAAACCCACUGGCUCUCCGUGCAGCAGCUCCCGCCCCCCACCCACACCACCACCUUUUGCAAGGCCCGCCUCUCAGCCAUGCCAUCCUGAGACCCGCCCCCGGGCCCAUCCGCACCACCCACGGGCCGAUCCUCUUCUCCCCUUACUGACACACCUCCUUUGACCUCGGCCAGUCAGGAACAGCCACUCCAAAAGCACACUGUGAAGAAAUAAACAUAAUCAACAGCAAUUGAUAGGGGAAAAAAUCCAACCAUUUAAUAAAUAUCUAGCUGAGAGAAAAGCAAGGGAAAAGAGCACCUGAAAGGAGGAGAAGCAUAUGUCUCUUUUUUCCCUUUACCUGAAGCUCUCCCUCCAUUUCAAAGACUUCUGAGUGAUCGGCAGAUGGAAUGAGCAGAGCAGAGAUAUUCAUUAUGCAUUGAACUCCCUUGUACAUCUCUCGCCUCCCCUCGCCCCUCUCCCUUGCACUGUGGCCCUGUCACGGUCGCAUCGAUAACUACAGAACAAACUGGCGACACAUGCGGAUCUUUCUAGAACACUAAACCACAGCUAGUGUUAAAUAAUUAUGCUGGGCCAAGUUGGUUUUUUCUCCAAGUCUUCAUGGUUCAAUGUGUUCUUCUCAUCCUAUGCACCUUCAGAAACCAAGACAAUAAUGUUAUGUCAGUAGGGUAGCUGCUUCCAUUGGUCUUUGCUAUAAUCCACGUGCGUGCGCCCCAUAGAGCUGUGGCGGCCUCCACGGUACUGUACAUGUCUCUCUCUGCGCCCGAGGCCCGCAGCACAGGCAACACUCUUCAACACGUGAUACUCGGUCCUCGCUAGAUACAACAUGACUUUAGCUGACGGGCAGGUGGUAGCUACAUCUGAACAUGUGUGAUGGUGGGGGGGUGAGAGAGCAGAAAAGUGACUGUAGGGGAUUGCACGCCCCUGUCAUUUCCUGGGAGGGUGAGGUGAGAGGAGGGUUGGCAUGGGUCAGUGGACUGAUUGACCUCAGGCAGCAUGCAGACACACACACACACACACACACACACACACACAGCCCCAAACGAAUCUGUGUUUCAAAAUAGACUGUACCAACAAAGACGGCCAGGGGCACAUCUGUCAACCUCCAUAACACUCCAGAAGGGCCUCACUGAAAGCGAGAGAUGGUAGGAGAAACCGCAGAAGUCAAACAUCGGUACAUACUGUACUGUUCUCACAUUAUUUGCCACAUAAUCACUAUUUUGACCCAAAGGAAUAGCUUGUCUGUAUGUUAGAUAGAUUACAUUUUAUGGCAAGUUAAAUAUUUGUGCUGCUUCUUAGGAUAUACAGUAGUGAGGACAUACUUCCUGUACUCUAAGAACUCAAAUCCUAUACUGUAAGAGCUGCACUCUGUCCAGAGUAUGGUUCAUAGACAUUAGGGGAGAAACUCUGGUGGUGAAUUCUGUUCACAUCCAGCAAUUAUAUAGCAAGGUCAUCCUCACAUCUCCCUGCUCUCCAUUCACAGGCUGAUUCACAGUGUAGGUGGUGAGAUAUGAAAAAGUGUGACCCUGUGUACCACGCUAUUUAUUUCCCCUUCUCCUCUCUGCAUGUGGCCUUGCACGGGAGUCCUGCAGGGUCAGACUUCUGCAUCACUGGGUUGACCUCUCCCCUUCCUGUCCUCCCCUCCUCCUCACCUCCCCCCGUCUUUCACACCCAAACGGUUUAUGUGGGGCACGCUGACAUUGACAGCCGUAAUGGUGCCAAUUAAAUGUCCGGGACGUCGAGAGGGAGGGAAUCAAAAGAGAAAAAGAGGAGAGCAAAAUGAGUUCGCAGUGGAAUGACGCUGAACAGGAGUGACGACCGAGCGAGAAGCCCAGCGAGGUCACCCCGAGCAGGACCCGCGAUGCCCCGGCCCAAGGCUCUCUAUUGAUACUUCCUGUCUUACAACUGAAAGCCAUGAAAUGCACCAUGAUUUGUUUUCCUUUACAGAGACUGGUGAAUGCUCUGUGUUUCGUUUUGGUUUCUUUUUUUUUUUUUUUUUUUUUUUAGUUGGGAUUGUUGGUUUGCAUUUGUAGCACAUAGAGUUAUAAGAGAACAAAAAUUAGCAACUGCGCACAUCAAGAAAAACCGAACAAACAUAUUUUUUCUAGGUGGGAAAUGUUGCAAACACACUCGGGAAGGGAAGAGAAGGAGGGGGUGGAGCGGUGCGAGGGUUGACGGUUUGAUUGCUGACCCAGACAAACGGACUGACCGACUCGGUGGGGAAGCCACAAAGGUAGCAAAGCAGACACAGACCUACACUGCUGAACACCUUCAAACUAUCACCCUGUUCCGAUUGAGAUGUACACUGUGCCCUUUCAUUGAGAAGCAAUGAGCUCUAAUGUCUUACCUUUGUCUGAAUAUUGCAAUGCAAUGAGCAAUUUUAAGCAGAGUGAGUUGUUGUAGUUGUGACAUGUUGUCCAGGGUCAUGUGUAAAUUGGCAGCAUGCCAGCCGACAGACUUCUGUUCUUCCAUGAGGAGUACCUGAGGGAUCGAGAGAGGGACAGAGAGAGAAAGAGGCGUCGCUGGGCUUAGGGACCGGCCCUUCAUAUUAAAGGGCCUUAUUACUAUGGUAAUCUCUGCUUGGGGAACAGGGUACAACGCCAGGUAUCAAGGGAUUAAAAUAAGAUUUGUUCGUCAGGCUUAUUUUUCUUAGGGUUAGUUGGACUUUUUGAGUUGCAUCGUGUUAUUUUUUCUUCUUUUCUGUGUGAAAGAAAUAUGUUUAAAUAAAAAUCCUGAGAAACAAUAUCAAUGCCAUUACUUAAAGAACACGCUGGCUUGAAGUCAGCUUCCACCAUUGUGCUUGUGUUUUUUUUUUUUUUUUUUUUUUUUCUUUUUUUCUUUUUUGAUCAAAACCUUGUCGGUGGAGUUCAAUUUGUGAGUGAGUUACUAUUCCAGGAUCCGUGCUCUCCUUCCUGUUGGUGUGUGUUACCAUAUGUAUUCUAGUGUGUGUUGGGACCUGCUCUCUCCCCACUCCCCACCAAUCAGAGACAGAGACAACCUGGAACUAAAGUAGCCCAUCACUGUCGGGGAGACAAAAACUUGCACAGGUUCAGCUGGGGACGAUUGAUUUAUCGUCCUGGAUUCUGUAUCAGAGACUUGAUCAAUGACCCAACCUAUUCAGAGUGUUGCAAUCUUGUCACUGGUUGUUCAAUCAAGUAGCAUCCCCACAUAUAUGUUCAUAUUGUAUGCGAUAUGUUCAUAUUGUGGUCAUCCCCAAUGAUUCAUUCUCAUUAUUCACCUAAGGGAAAUAAAUGUUAGAUUCCUAUUUUCUGGGCAGGUAUUUCAUGUUAGCUGUGUUUAGGCUACUAGCCUUAGCCUUAUUCCGCCCUCAGUCUCUCCCAGAGCAGAGAGAGAGAUGGAGAGGCUUUGGUGUAAUUUUGUCUUGCCAAUAAAGUUAUUUUUGAAUUUCAUUGUCAGAGGGACAAAGAGUUUGUAUGGCAAAUUGUAGCAAUACCUGACUCAUUCUGGCUACUCUUGUUUAUUGCAAUAAGAAGAUUAAACAAUAAAUGUGUAUGUGAGUAAAACAUUAUAAAUGUAAUUUAAAUGGAAAAGAAACUUUAUGGUAAAUACUAUUGGUAUCAAGAGAAACCAUGGUGGAAAAAAAAAGUAAAUGUCAAUAAAUCAUCAAAUGAAAUAAUCA